GUGCAACUGCACGUCUAUGUUUAUUCAUAACAAUAUACUUUAAAUUAUUCCAAAUCUAAGUUAGCCUAACUAAACGUUUCUAUCACAUCGGCCUUAAAUCCUCCAACUACCGCCUGCUGACUUCCAAGUUUUUUUUAUAAUACCCUUCAGUUGAUUGAUUAUAUAAAUGGCAAACAUGUUAAUAAGGACUAGACGGUAUAAGUGCUACAGGAUUGCUACUGUAAUCAGAGUGCUAUUAGUUUUGGGGAUACCUUUAGUUUAUUUGAUAUUUAGUAAUACUGGUUCAGAGGAAGAAAUGUUAAAAUCUACGUUUAAUUCAGGUUUUGAUGGAGCUGUUUCUCAACGUAGAUUGCUGAGCGUAGUUGAGAGGGAGGAGAGGAAUUGCACUCCCGCAGCAAUUUUGGAGUUUCCCUCCGAUGGUCUCAGCCGGUAUCAACGGCAACAUGGUUACAUAGCAAUACACUGUAUAUUAGCUAUAUACUGCUUCUUUCUGCUGGGGACGGUGUGUGAGCAGUACUUCGUGCCAGCAAUCGAGAUGAUAUGCGAAC